GGUACAAAGGCACCAUUUUACCGUUUGCUCCUGGUAGUAGGCUAUCUAAACACAUUGUUAAAAGCCGCUUGAUAACGCUUAUGAAUUACCACUUUGUUCAUCUGGUGCUUGUGAGGAAUAGUGGCCGGUGAGCUUUAACACAGGAUCUUUUCUUCUGCUGCAUGAUCUGAGCGAAGCAGGCUGUUGCCAUGACAACAGACGAGGCGGAGAGCCACCAGAAGAAGCCGAGGCAGCAGGAGGAAGCCGGCCAGGACACCAGGCCGCCCUCACCGGAAGAGGAGCAGCUCCGGCCUCGCAACCGCAACUCUGCCAGUCGUGGCCUCUCCCGUCUAUUCUCCUCAUUCCUGAAUAGGCGCUCCCAGUGUGAGAGCGAGGUGGGAGAGAAGGAGGACAAGGAAGAAGAAGAAGAAGCUAAAGCCCCCAUCGCUGACCCUGAACCUGAACUGAGGACAGAGGGAGAGGUCGCCCUGGACCAGCACUCAGUGAGCAGUGCUGAGGCUCAGGCUGUCCAGCUAGAGAAGAAAGAAGCUGAGGAAGAGAAGGGUGGACAGGACAAAGAAAACGGCAAAGAGGAAGGUGAAGUGGCUGCCCUGGAGAAAGAGGAGAAGAAGGAGGAGAAGAAGGAGGAGAAGGAGUCCAGUCCUGAAGGAGGUAGUAAGGGAGAGAAGGAGAAGACGACAGAGGAGGAAGCUAAAGCUCCCAGAGCUCCACGUCGGCCUAAGACCAUGCAGAUCAAAGUCACCCUGCUGGACGACACACUGUAUGAGUGUGAGCUGGAUAAACAUGCCAAAGGCCAGGAGUUGUUCAUGAAGGUGUGUGACCACCUCAACCUGCUGGAGAAAGACUACUAUGGCCUGGCCAUUUGGGAGACAUCCACCAUGAAGACUUGGAUGGACCUAACCAAGGAGAUCCACAGGCAGGUACAAGGUGCCAACUAUAAUUUCACCUUCAAUGUGAAGUUCUAUCCACCAGACCCAGCCCAACUGUCUGAAGACAUAACUAGGUACUACCUGUGUCUCCAGUUGCGGAAGGAUAUCCUGCAGGGCUGCCUGCCCUGUUCCUUCGUCACCCUUGCCCUGUUAGGCUCCUACGCCUUGCAGUCGGAGCUGGGUGAGUACGACCCCGAGGUGCACAGCAACGAAUACGCUAAGGACAUGAAAAUGGCCCAUGGCCAGACCAAGGAGCUGGAGGACAAAAUGAUGGAGCUGCACCAUACUUACAGGUCAAUGAGUCCAGCCCAAGCAGACCUGAUGUUUCUGGAGAAUGCCAAGAAACUCUCCAUGUACGGAGUAGACCUCCACCAGGCCAAGGAUCUGGAUGGUGUUGACAUCAUGCUGGGGGUUUGCUCCAGCGGUCUUAUGGUUUACAAAGACAAACUGAGGAUCAACCGUUUCCCCUGGCCCAAAGUCCUCAAGGUCUCAUACAAACGCAGCAGCUUCUUCAUCAAAAUAAGACCGUCUGAGGUGGAACAGUACGAGAGUGCAAUUGGCUUCAAACUACCUAAUUACAAGGCGGCCAAGAAACUGUGGAAAGUGUGUGUUGAACAUCACACCUUCUUCAGGCUGACCUCCACUGAGAUGGCCACCACUCCCAGGAAGUUUCUGGCAUUGGGCUCUAAGUUUCGCUAUAGUGGUCGGACUCAGGCUCAGACCAGACAGGCAAGCUCUCUGAUUGACAGACCAGCUCCGUUGUUCCAGCGCUCCUCCAGCAAGAGGAACUCACGCAGCCUGGAUGGAGCCAUGGCAUCCACUCCUGACAAUAAAUCCACUCGUCCGGUAAGCGCCCCCAUUAUGUCACCGGUGUCUCUGGGGGAAGCAACCCCAUCACCACUGCUACCCAUCCUGCCACGCUCUGACCACCAUGACGGCUCCACAUCCAAAGGCCAUCGCUCUGCAGACAGGAAGGCAGAGGUAAAGGCAGAGAGUCAGCCAGCUGAGCACACCAAGACCCAUAGCCCCAGACCAGAGUUCACUCCAGAAAUUAAGACAGUGGCCAGGAGAGAGAGAAGGCACUCCCCCACUGUGACCACUGCCAAUGGGGAAAGACAGAAAAAGAGCCAGCACUCUCCACAGGACAAAACAAAGUCGGAGAUGGUGCGAGUAAGGAAGAAAAGAGCUAAGAAACUUGAGGGUGAAACUAUUUAUAUCAGACAUAGCAAUUUAAUGUUGGAGCUUAACCCUAAAGGCUUGGCAUGCACUAUUUUCCUCUCUGAUUCUCAUGACCUGGAUAAGACCCAGACUGAGAUCAUGCGUCAUCACACUAGCAUCAGUGAGCUGAAGAGGAGUUUUAUGGAGUCUGUACCAGAGCCUCGGCCCAGUGAGUGGGACAAGCGUCUUUCCACCAACUCGCCUUUCCGCACUGCGAGCAUCAACGGCCAGCUGCAACCAGCGUCUCCUGUGCUAAAGACCCAGACAAUCACCAUCUCAGACGUCACAAACUCCCUGAGAGGAAGUGUGACCAACAAGGAUAUCCCUUUAGUUCACACUGAGACCAAGACCAUCACAUAUGAAUCAGCACAGGUCUCUCUCCCACAGCCGGUGGACAGCCUGACAGAGAGGGACUCAGGAGUGCUGCUGAGUGCCCAGACCAUCACCUCUGAGACCAUCAGCACCACCACCACCACCCAGAUCACCAAGACGGUGAAAGGGGGGAUCUCUGAGACUCGCAUUGAAAAGAGAAUUGUCAUCACUGGAGACACUGAAAUUGAUCAUGACAAGGCUUUGGCUCAGGCCAUUAAAGAGGCUAAAGAACAGCACCCUGAUAUGUCUGUUACCAAAGUGGUUGUGCACCAGGAAACAGAGAUCACCCCAGAGUAAGGCAGACCUUUGAUCCUUUGGAAGCCUUCAACCACACCUUAGACUUCUCAGCUGCCCCCACUCUCCCCACUUACUUGUAUCUCCACCACACCAUUUUACCGCAGAAGCCCCAGCCAUCAUACCUAACUUCACCACCUUUGGCAUGAACCACCAGACCACAUCCGAAGGAACAAGCUUCAACAUUGAACUAUGAACUUUAAACUUCAUGACUGCAGUUUGCUUAGAAAGGGAUGAAGUCGCCAGAAAAUUCCCAAUAACCCUCCCAGUAUUCCCCACAAUCCCCUCUUGUUCCACUUACUGCCAAAAGAUCAACUGCUGGACUGAUAUAAAAUAUAUAAAAAUAUCUUUUUUAAAGAGAAAAAAUAAAGAAGUACAGCAUUUGUGGAUUUAUUCCUCUCCAAUUUCUCUGGAGAUUUUAAAAAAUGUAUAAGGGCAUUUGGUCUUUUAAUCUUGAGAUUACUGGUGUUUUAUUUUUCUACAGCUUUUCUUAUCAUCAGAAUUGGUUAUCAAUAACUUGGAGGUCAAGUGUUUUUUUAACAGUGUGUUCCAAACAGCAUUGAAAAAGGGAUUGUGGGUGAUUUUUUUGGGGGGGACUGUAUACAUCGGGACUUGAAGAUCCCUCUCAAAUGUUAACACAAGUUUGGUGUCAUUUGUUGUACAGUAAAUAUUUUAUUUUCCCUCUCAAUGUGAAAAAAUAUUUUUUCAAUUUAUGUAUAAAAAAAUGAUAUUAUCAAACCAUGGGGGCAAUAACUCCUUUUACCUUAUUUAAAGUUCUGACUUUUGCCAUUUGUUGAGUAAUCGUUACAUCUUUUGAUCAUUUUAAUUGUUGUUGUAGUUCUAUUGUCACUAGAAUGGGGCUUUUAUCAGGACCAUGGAGACAGCAGUGUAUUGAAAUAACCUUUUCCUUACGUACCCCCACCUCUGUCUUAUUUUUGUGUGUUUUGCAUUUUAGAUGUACUCGGUGCAGUUGUAUGUUACUUCAUGAUUCUGUAUUGAGAGAAUUUCAGUCACCGGAUACUCAUUUCUACUAAGCAUGAUAUCAGUAUUUACAGUGUUUCUGCGUAUUUUUCACAUUUCUACUUUUCUACCAAAUGGGCAGUGUGUACUCAUUCAAAGAGAGGGUAUUCAAAUCACAGUGAACUCAAACAGAUUGAUGACCGUCCAAGUGUACCAUCUGCUUAAUUGUUAUUGAAGCAGCUGAAAAGUAAAGAAACAAGCACAGGAUGAUUGUUGCCUCAUUAAACUGCAAAAGUUUUGCACCAUCUUGCUCUAUCUAUUUAUGCUUGUAAUUUGAUUAUAACCUAAUUAAGACAAUACAUCACUUAUUCCAACUGUCACUUCAACACAUUAAGAAGUUUAUUUGGUUGAUGUAGUUCAUUACACUCAUGAGUUACACCAGUUCCUAACAUACAGUGAGUGAGUGAACUUGGUGUCUGUACAAAGAUUGAAAGGUAAUUCCAGUUUAACUUGGGUCUUAUUUUUAUAGUUUUGUCCAUCAUUUCUGCCAGUUACAAUAACAUUUACUCACCAAGUAAUUGAUGAUAUCUGGGAACACAACAACACCACUAUAACAAAGUCAAAGAGGUGCAAGCAGUCAGACUGAUCAUAAAGAAACCAACAGUUCAUCCUGGCAGUUUUAUAUUACAGUUCACAAAAUAAGAUAUGAUGCAGCAAAUUAAAAAAUAUUAUGUUCACAUUAAGCUACAUAAUUACUUGAGAGCUGAAAAAAUAAACAUGUACUCAUCCAUGUAUGUUACUGCAAAGGAUUAUCAGUUAGGCCUAAUAUAUUAUUUAGCCAUUCGAAAAAAAGUUAUAUAUAAAUUUGGAAGUUAUGUUUCAACUUAUGAUGCUGCAGUGGGUUUCUGUUAACAUGGUUGAUUUUUAAAUGGAAUUGUCUGAUGGUUCCUAGCAAACAAUUUACAAAUUAUGCAAGUCUAUACCAGCUAAGUUAUGCACAAAGUUCCAAUGGUGCCUGUAUUGUCAACAUGGCCUUCAUUGUUGGCCAUUAUGGUCUCUUUUGAUCAAAUUAUCCCAGGAACUAACGUCAGGAAUUAGCUCAGAAUUUAAAGUUUUGUUUUGUUCAAGUUUUUCAGUUCAUAUUAUUAUUUAGCAAGGUCAAAUCCUUUCAAUAGAUAAAAAACAAAUGAACACAAUGUUGAAGAUUGUCCAGAAAUGUAUUAAUGUAUGAAGCAGGCAUACACCAUCAUUCAAACUAUUACCAGUAAGCUAUGGCAUACUGCAUGCAUGCAAACACGCUAUAACAUUACAUUGUUAAUAUUAUAACAAUAGAUAAGUCCAGGAGGCCAAACAUCUCCUUAGUACACACUGCCCAUUCAAAUCAGACACUUGUUUAAAUGGCAAAUGUAGUUUAUAUUUUCUCGAACAUGAUGCUUUUUUAGAAGACAAUAUUCUGUACAGUCCUCACAACAUGUUGUAGUUCUUUCACUGUGCUGUUGUCUUCAUCGUGGCACUCCCUUUGCUCUUUGGAAACAAGCAAACUAACAUUUCUAAGUUCUUUCUUAAUUGUAAACCGUCACUUACCAUCACAGUAAGACAUGUAAUAAAAGAGCACCAUGAAUAAACACAAAUGUGGACAUUA